AUGAAACGUGCCGCAUCGGCAACCAAAUCCCCUUCCAAAUCCAAGAAGCCGCGGCCGGCAUUACCAGCAUACGUUCUCACGCCCUCGCUCAAGGACGAGUCUGGGGAUAUCAUCUGGCCCGCUCCAAAAGACCAAAUUGAAGACGCGAGAAAUUUCAUACAAGAAUGUGUAAAAGCGCAAAAGAAGACAUUGAUAGUCCCAGACAAGGAUGUGGAUGGUCUUACCUCGGGUGCUAUUCUGCUCAAGACACUGACUUUGCUUGGCUUGGAGCCCGAACUCAUCCACACACAUCUUUUGCAAAAAGGCCGUAACAUUCAUGACGAGAGCGAGCGUGUGGCUAUGGCCGCACAUGAACCCUCUUACAUUUUUAUCCUAGACCAAGGCUCCCGCAAAGCUCCGCCAUUGAUUGAUACUCCGCACAAAGGAUUGGUAAUCGAUCACCACUUUGCGUUAGAUGACGAGUUUCCUGAAGGCACCCAGCAUGUAACAGCAUGCCAUUACCCACCAGUGGCUACCAGUUCGCUCUUGACGUACCACCUCUGCAGUGCUUUACACGAGGAUGUUCAAACCACAUGCGAUUGGUUGUGUGUCAUGGGCACACAUGGAGACCUUGGAAAUUCGCUCAAGUGGGAUCCUCCCUUUCCAAACAUGGAAAGAACUUUCAAAAAGUACACAAAGAAGGCUCUCAACGAAGCCAUCUCCCUACUCAAUGCACCACGGCGUACGGCGGCCUUUUCUGUCCCCAUAGCAUGGGAGGCGCUUACCAAUGCCACAUGCCCUAAGGAUGUUCUCGGGAACCAAGGGCUGAAGGAAGCCCGGGCCGAGGUCAACGCUGAAGUCGAGCGAUGCGCACGAGCAGCCCCCAAGUUCUCCGCAGAUGGCCGCAUUGCCGUCUUUCGCAUCGAGUCGCCUGCACAGAUUCAUCCGGUUAUCGCCACGCGUUGGGCUGGGUUCCUUUCAUCUUCCAAACUGGAAGUCGUACUUGUAGCCAACGAGGGCUAUCUUCCAGACAUGGUCAAUUUCUCUUGCCGCGUUCCUCGAAGCGCGCGUUCUCGCGAACCACCCAUCAAUAUCAUUGAAGUACUUCGUGACGUUGCUAAUCAGGCACCGGAUCCGACGCUACGUGCAAGGCUUGGCGAAUCUUUUGCACGAGGUCAUAAGGAGGCGAGCGGAGGCAUUGUACCGACUGACGAAUUUGAAGAACUGAUGGCCUGUUUAGAAAUUGGGAAGAAAUUGGAAGAUAAAUCUCCAAAAGCAAAAAGCAAGACGAAGGCUCCUGAGCAAUCAAAUACUCUGAUGAACUACUUUGGAAAAGACAAGGAAGAGAGCAAAACCAAGAGCGCAUGCUGAGCUUGAUUCAAUAUGCGGUGAAAGAAGGA